GUGAGGCCUUGGGGUCGCACGUCUUUGUCAUUGUUGUUGUUGGGAAAUGCUUUGAGAGGAUUUGACUAGCGGACUAUUUCUUUGCUGCACCAUGGUUUGGCGUUUUCCAUGGUCAGAUAGCAUCAAGAAGCGAGCAUGUAGAUAUUUGCUGCAACGAUAUCUAGGUCAAUUCCUAAAGGAGAAGCUCACUUUGGAACAGCUGAGCGUCGACAUCUACGAGGGCACUGGAGAAAUCAAGGACAUUCUUCUGGAUGUUGAUGCGCUGAACGAUGUGGGCGCUGCCAACAACCUGCCACUGGAGUUUGUGGACGGCUACAUCCGCCAGGUGCGCGUCAGCAUCCCCUGGUCGACGCUGCUGACGGCCAGCAGCUCUGUGGAGAUCAGCGGCCUAAUGCUCACCGUGCAGGCCAAACAGAUGCUCGAUGACGCCGCCAUGUUCGACUCCAUGCUGGACAGCAUGUCCACCAGCACCAUGGACAUGGCCAAGGAGUGUCUCAGCCAGGUGGACCCGCGCGGCGUCGACCCGGCGGCUGCGGCGGCAUCGGAGACUCUGGACGGCAUCGAGGCGCUGGCCACCGCCAUCGACACCGUGCUGCUGCGGAUCAAGGUGCGGUUCGUGGACACGGUGGUGCGUGUGGAGCACGUGGGUCAGGGACGCGGCCGAGGCGUCGGAGUGGAGCUCAGGAUCGCCUGCAUGGACUACAUGGACGAGGCCGGCCGCGAUCUGUCCUCCGAGCCGUCCGCGGGCCCGCUGGCUCCGGCCGCCCUCUCCGUGAAGCGCCUCUCGCUGGACGGCGUCUCUCUGCACAGUGUCGAGUUCCCGGCCGACCGGCGAGCCCAGCCCGGCAGCAUGGCCGCAUCGUUCUCCGAACACGCGGAGGAUGAGGAGGAGGACGGCUCGUGCGGCCCUCCGCAGGAUGGUGCCGAUCCCAUCCUCCUGGGUCAGUUCAACGGGCGCACCGAGCUCCGCUGUGAGGUCAAGGUCGCCGACGCCGCGCCAGGACCCAAGCUGAGUCUUCAGGUGUCUACCGGCGCGUUCUGCGUGAUGCUCGGCCCCCGGCAGCUGCACGAUCUGAUCGAACUCUUCAGCGGCAUCGUCGACCCGCAGCAGGUCGAGAAAAGCACACCUCGGCCGGCCGGCGGCGGACGGCAGGGCGAGAAGCCGAUGACGCCCUCCGACUAUCAGGUGAUCGAGGACCAGCUGCUGCGAAAGAACCUGGCCGCCCGAGAGAUGCUCACUACGCAGGCACUGCGCACUCAGGGAUGGUCGUCGAGUCACCUCGAAGACGAGGACGAGGAGUUUCUGCCGUUCCUGCGGCCGGCCGAGCCGCCCCUCAGCGCCAGUAUUACCUCCAUGGCCACAUCGGCCGACUUGGACACGUCUAUGACGUCCUCGGCGACCGGCAGCCUGCACUCGGACGGAGCCUCCGUGGCGCAGAGGUCGGAGCUUUCAUACACCCGGUCACGGCCGAGGAGACGGCGCGACAGGGGAAAAGACGACGAGCAGGGUGAGGACUCUAUCCGGCUGCGUCUGCAGCUGGGAACUGUCUGCGCUCUGUUGCUACACGAGGACGUCCUGGUGACGGCACCGGACAGCCAGAUGCUAACGUCAGCCAGUCUCAGACAGAUGCAGCGUCUUGUCGAAUCGGGUCUGGCGCGUCUCUCGUCUGUAUGUGUGGCCGGCGAUGGCGCCAGGGGCACCCGGGCCGCCCUGCUCGAGGCCUGUCCCCACAGCCAUCUCAGUCUGGUGGCCGCUCCUACGAAGUUAGAGUGCAGCGAGCGGCCAUCAGGGGGCAGCAGGAGCGUGUUUUCGCUGACGCUAACGGCCGGCGUUGCCGAGCUUCUGGAGUGUCUGGUGGAGAGGCGCACUUCAGUCAGCGCUCCAUCCGCGCUCUACACAGAGUUGCUGACGUUCGAGACCGGCGAGCCGCCGCCGGGCGGUCGGUCGGACGAGGUACUGUCCGAGGGUGCCCUGACUCUGACGGUGCGUCACAGUCAGCCGCUGGUGAACCGACACUCCGCCAGCUCAGCCGUCAAUGUCAGGCUGAAGCUGGCUCCGUGCCGGACGGAGGUGGAUAUCUCACUGACGGACCGACUGGCGACCCUGCUCAACCCCGCGCCCCGAGACCCCGCCCACCGCGUGACCACGCCCUCCAGUGUCGAGCACGCCGAUGUGACGAAGCAGCAGUGUUUUAACGCGGCGAUGGACGACCGAGCGGGCGGCGGCGAGUCGCGGGUCGACGUGCACGUCUCGGCGCCGCUGGUGGACGUCCAGCUCAGGAUCCCGAUACCGGACCUGCGGCCUCUCAGCGACAUGGACCGGCCGUCCUGGUGGCAGCGGCACGUGCGGCCCGACUCGUUCCACAUCCGACUGCGCGACGCGUCAGUACGCUCCACGCUGCACUCUCGGGACGACAGCACGCGGCUGGAGCUGCAGGCGCGGCACGCCGCUGUCGGGUACCAGGAGACCGAGGCGGCAACGCCCGUCGUGUUCAUCAAUGUAUCGGCCUCCGGCGGCGACUCGCUGUCGGCCGGCGGCGCGGUGGGCCUGGACUGGCCGCGGGCGGUGCUCUCGCUAUACCCGACCCGCUCCACGCCGCUGCUGGAGGCCGACCAGCCGGACGGCGGCUGCGACUCCUCGCCGGCCGCCGACUCAUCCUCGUCAUCACCGUUCGCCGGUCUGAGAGCAGCGGCGGCCGACCGCGAGCCGAGUCCGUUCGGCCGCCGCCGCGUGGUGUAUGAGACCGACGCGCACUGGCGCGGCGAGCCGGACACCGCCUCAGAGGGUGAGGAGCUGGUGAUCCCCGGCUCGCGGGAGGAGGUGGACGCCUUCGUCGAGGACACCGUCUCCAACUGCCAGACCCUGCUGGAGCUCAGUCUGCCUGUGAUGGAGGCAAUACUGCCCAAUAAACGGUUCUAUGAGCUCAUCUACAACAGACUGGCGACGGACCUGGCGCUGUGGGAGCCGGCGGCGCCCACCGUCUCCAGCCCGGAGGCGGCGCACCGGCCGGCCGACCCGCUCAUGCUGCUCACAGACGGAUACCAGAUGUGCAAAUCGGCCACUAAUUACGACUCCGACUCUGACGGUGACGCCGAGGCCAGUGUGUACGAGUCAGUGUAUAGCCAGCGGCGGCGACAGCGGCGCCGGCAGAGACACCAGGAUGAGGCUGUGCGCAGCCGACAGAGCCGGUUCUGUCUGCGGCUGCAGCUCGGACAGGGCAUCGCGGCCCUUCAGACGCCCUGUCUGACCGAGGAGGACACCCCCGUUCCCGGCCACCACGGCGAGGUGCAGCUGGCGGUCGACUCUGGUUCCCUGUUCGUGGCCUCUGGCUACGGCGGGCUGUACGGGCACGGCUUCAUCUGCCUGUCGGCGCACCGGGCCAGCCUCUACCAUAAAGGUCAGAUGCCUACCCGCUCGUCACCGCUGCUGCCCAGUCUGGACGCCAUACCGGCCUGUCUGGACCGACUGGUGUCCCCCUAUGAGCGGGACCCGACCGGUGCCGGCGUCGGACAGCGCUCCACCGCGGAUAUGCUGUCCGUGACGGUGCAGUACCAGCUGGACGAGACCAAUAACAUAAAGACGUUCACGGUGGCGGUGGGGCUGGACGGCUGCGCGCUCCGGCCGCGGAUGCUGCCCUCGCGUCAGCUGUUUGUCGCCCAGCUGAUGGACAUGUUUGACGUGGUCGACUUCCCCGUGGCUGGGUACGAGAUGCCUGGGACGGUCACCCAGCUGCACCUCAGAGUAGCCGACUCGGCGCUCGACUUCAGACCGCUGAGCCUGCCGUACCAGUACCUGUUGUCGGUGGACAGUUUCACACUCUCCUCCCACCUGGCGGCUGCUACCGGCACCACCGUCCUGCGCUUCAUCCUGGAGGACGCCGCGCUGCACGUGGCCGACCGCAGCGGCGGCGCGCUGGCCGACAUCCUGGCCCAGUACGUCUGUGUCGUCGAGGCCGGUCUGCUCGAGCUCUCCGUCCGGAAGAGCGACGCGCCCGUCGGCGGUCAGCCACUGUUUGAUUUUCGCUGCAGCAAUAACUCGGUGCAGGUUCGCACGUGUGCGGACUCGCUGCGCGCUCUGGUUCAGUUGGUGACCUACCUGGCAGCUGGGGAGGGUGAUCAGUCGGAGCCGGCGCCGCCGCCGCCCCCGCCGCCGCCAACGCCGCGCGUGCAGCCCCGCCAGGCGGCCGGAGAGGGGGCCGGUCUGGCGGACCUGAUGGAGGACGCCAUGCAGGAGGCCAGCCCGCCGAGACCCGCGACGGCGCCGGCCAGUCAGGGCCCCGUGGAGGUUUUCUUCUUCCCUAACGAGCCCCACGUGUCUCCGGGCUCCCCGCCGCCGCCACCGCCCCAGCCGGCCACUGAUGAGCCUCCGAGCACGGUGAUGGCGACGAUGGCCGAGGCGCUGGCCGACAUUGAGGACGAGUUCGAUGACGUCGACGAGAGCUUCUGUCUGCUGGAUGACGACCCCGGCUCAGGAAUCAGGUCUCGCUCAGGGGAACCCCAAGUGCGUGUGCUCACCACCGAGCCGAUCCGCAUAGUGGACAACUUUCUGCCGACCCCGCUGAGUCGUGCGGACGUGCUCCGUGCCCCGGCGCACCUGGCCGCUCCCCUGCGCCGCUGCACCCUGCAGCAGAUGUCGGUCAGCUGGAGUCUGUACGGCGGACACGACCUGGCCAGCACCACGGCCGCCAGACAGGCUAGGAAGGUUCGGAUCGAGUCGCCAUCGGCCACCCCUCCGGGCAGUCCACGGGCCCGCAUCGGUCAGCGCUCGGCCGGCUCGCCUAUCGAGGUGGCCUUCAGCAAACACGGCGCGCAGCAGUUGUUCCCCCGACAGGUGCGGUUCGGGACGCUGACACCGCCGGACGGAGCGCCGCCGCCCAGUCCGACGGUGGCGGCCCGACUGCGCGGAGGACCCGGCCGGCUGCCCCGCACCAUGAUGGAGCUGCGACUCAACAAGGUGCGCUGUCAGGCCGAGGAGUACCCGGAGAACACAGAGGAGGCGCGCCGGUUUGUACUGGCCGUCCAGGACGUGGAGAUGCUGGACAGGAUCGCCACCUCGGACAUCAACAAGUUCCUCUACCAGUACUCGUCAGAGAGCUGUCCCCGACAGGCGCACUCCAAUAUGAUUCUUCUGAAGGCGCUGAGCCGCCGGCCGGACCCUGCCGUGGACACGGAGGAGUGUGACGUACGGCUCUCGCUCUGUCCGAUCCGCCUCAACGUCGACCAGGACGCCCUGUUCUUCCUCCGGGACUUCUUCAAGGAGGUGGCAGGGGACGUGGCUGGCGGCUCCGGCUCCGGCGUUCCGGUGCCGGCCGGCUCGGACGCCCCUGUCCUAUCCAUCACCCAGCAGGACGCACCGUUUGACCUGGCCGACGAUCGGGCCGACGCAGAGGGAGAAGACGAUGACGACGAUGAGGGAGAGGAUGAGGACAGGCUGCCCCCGCAGGCCGCCCGCUCGGCGGCCGCCGACACGCAAAAAACGUUCUUCAGAACGUUUACCUUCUCCCCGGAGGUACUGAUCCGAAUCGACUACCAAGGGAAGCGUGUGGAUAUUGGCCAGUUCGGACCGGUGAUCGGACUCAUCAUCGGACUGGGCCAGCUCAGCUGCUCUGAGAUUCGACUCAAACGCAUCAGCCACAAGAGCGGCCUGCUCGGCCUGGACCGUCUGGUGCAGCACGCGCUCAACGAGUGGCUGACGGACAUCCGACGGAACCAGCUGCCCAGCGUGCUCGGCGGUAUCGGACCCAUGCACUCCUUCGUCCAGCUGUUCCAGGGUAUCCGCGACCUGGUGUGGAUGCCCAUUGAGCAGUACCAGAAGGACGGCAGGAUCUACAAGGGCCUGCAGCGGGGCGCCAACAGCUUCACCACCUCCACCGCCAUGGCCUUCCUCGAGCUCACCAACCGGCUCGUCGGAUAUGUUCAGGGCGCCUCGGAGUUCACCUACGACAUGCUGUCGCCGGGACCGUCGAUGCGACAGAAGCGGCGCCAGAAGCGCAGCCGACGCCGCACCUCCAACCUGCCGCAGGACCUGCGGGAGGGCGUCACGAACGCUUACGAGCUCGUCAAGGAGGGUCUGGGCGAGACGGCGCAGACUCUGGCGCGCGUGGCCGCCGAGGAGCACGACCAGAAGGGCGUGUCGGGCGCCGUGGGCGGCGUGCUCCGACAGAUACCCCCCACCAUGGUCAAACCCAUACUGCUGGCCUCGGAGGCCACCAGCAACGUGCUGGGAGGCAUGCGCAACCAGCUGGCGCCCGACGCGCGCCGAGAGGCCAUCGACAAGUGGAAGGCGACAGAGUGAACAGGGGGGAUUACGGAGGGGAGGGGAGAGAGGGAUGGGAGUUUGGGAGAGAGGGGACGGGAAGAGAGAGAUGUGUUUCUACCAUAGCCAGGAAUUGUGAUGAUAAUUAUGUCUAGGAGGGGAGUGAAGUACCGGGUGAUUGAGUGGAAGGCUGUCGACCCAGAGGCACAUAUUAUGGGCGGAGGGGUUCAAUGUGUAAUAAAGGAUUUUUAGAGCACUUGCUGGGGAUGUUAUGUCCAGCACUGAACAAUUUUCAUUAUGAGAGUGGAUGGUCCACACGGCGCCUAUCAGGUUCAUUUGUGGAGCUUUGUUGAACGGGUGACUGGGCAUGAUCGGGGGACCGGGCAGAUUGGCGGCGGCGGGCGGACGGACACACCGGCCGCCCGCCGGCCCGCUUGUUACCGUGUCUUUCUUACGCCGCAUUGUGUGCGUCUGUGGAUGGUGUGAUAGGUCUAUUUUGUAGCGGCGGCGGCGGCGGCGGCGGCCGGCCGUCAUUCCGGGCGGGCGCGGCGCCCGGCCGUAUGCCUCCGUGACGCUGCCGGCCGGCGAUCGGCGCUUCUCCGCCUGCCGGGCCGUGUCGGCAGCCGCCGGGCCGCGCCGCCCGCGCGCUUCAGUCGAGUCCCGAGCCGGUGCUGCCGCGGGCCGGACCACAGCCUGCCCCCGAGUACCCAGUGCUGAAUGUUUCCAUUGUGUGCCGCAUAAUGCAGUGUAGCUGGAUAUGCACAGACGCCAAUAUAUUUGUAUCGUUGCCG